AUGGAGCUGCGCUCUGGUCGCCGGCUCCGCUCGUUGCCGCCGCCGCAAGCUGGACGGAGAACCACCCGCUCUCAGGGCUUCUCUGGCGGGGACGAUGAGGACCGCAUCGGCGCGCUCCCGGACGACCUACUCCUUCAGGUCAUCGAGCGCCUAGGCUGCCCGCGCGCUGCCGCGCGCACGGGCAUCCUCUCCAGCAGGUGGCGCGGCCUGUGGACCUGCAUCCCCAGGGUCACGGUCAUCCUCGACGACAUCGAGCUCGGCGACCUCGAGGCGGCGCUGGCCCGUGCCGCCUGUGCUGGACUUCACCUCCUCGACAUCAGCGUUGCUUACUGGCACGGUAAGGUGACCGCCUUCCAGGUCGAGACGGUUCUUGCUGCCGCCGAUAGGCUCUCGCCAGUGGAGCUCCGUUUCGACACCUGCCCAAGCAUAAGAUACUCGAGCUCCGGCGUGUGCCUGCCCAGCUUCAGCCGCGCCACCUCGAUCGAGAUGUUCGGGCUCCGGGAGCUCACGCCGGCGGCCAGCGGGCUCCCCGCGCUGGAGCGAUUGUCCCUUUAUAACGAGCACGGCCUCCGUCUCGGCAACUUGAUACAACGCUGCCCAUGCUUGCGCGUGCUCAAUCUCGACCUUGGCAUCGAACGAAGGCCGGCCACGAGCGACGUCGACUUGAGGAUACAUUCGACGUCACUCGAGGAGCUUUGUGUUAAGAGGUACAGAGGACACGCCCUCGUCAUCGACAUCAUGGCGCCCAUGCUUCAGAAAUUGGAUCUCACGGUCGUAACCAGCUUCUCCCAUGAUGUGAUAGCAAUUUCCAUCUGGGCACCGGUCAUGGAGAAGAUUUCUUGGUCUUGCAAUUAUUUAGACAGUUCAGCUUGCAUUGGUAUUUUGUGGCGCCUCGGUCGCCUGCAAUUGACGGCCGUACGGCGACGUAGAAAUGACACUAUACCCUACAACGGGGAAGACAACACAUGUUUGUACCUACCAAUAUUUCCAGCCGUGACCGGUAUGGAGCCUGCAGAGUGGGACUUUGUGGAAGAGAUAAGGAAAAUCGAGAAUACCUUCCCAGCUGUCGAGUUCUCCACUUUGAAGCUUGAAGUUAAUAUUAUAUGGAAGACGGGGCACGUGUUUGGACCCCUUGUUUUGUCCCUUCUUGGAAUAAGUUGGAUCCGUAGAGCGACAAGAAGGCUUGAGAUCAACCUAAAAAGGAGGAACAGCGAGCAAUGGUGUGCACGCGGAACAAAUUGCCCAUGUGACCAGCCUGGGAAUUGGAGAACAAAACCCAACUCUUUGACUUUGAUCAAUCUUGAAGAAGUAGAAAUCGAAGGGAUCGAAGGACUUGAUGAUGAGUUUGAUUUCUUGAAGGUAGUGUUCCAGUUCGCACUAAAGCUGAAAAAAGUUAACGUGAAGGUGUCAGAUAGGGUCACACCAAGUGCGUUGAAGAAAAUCGACAACAUGUUCAAGGAGUACCCUCGUGUUGAAUGCUGUGUUACCUCAGCUCCCGUUAGUGCUACGAGGCCUGCUGAAAAUUAGAGGACGUAUCCUGGAUAGCCGGCUGAGUGGAGCAACAUCGACUUUCUUUGCCAUUCUCUUUGGGAAGUAACACAACCUAGUGUCUAAAACUGUGGUGGCAAUCGUUUCAAUUCUUCUGCCGUGUAACAUCCAGUUAUAAGAAUUGAAGGAUAUGUAAUUGAACUUGUGUUUUCGUAAACUGUUUUUUAUAGAGCUGAUGCCAACUGCUACUUGUUUAAAUAUUUAGGCAUCUUAUUUAUUGGCCAAUCACAUGUAACUGGUACUGAUGACCUUGCGACAAUCUCAUGGCUCACCUGGACAAUUGGAAAUGCGAUGUAUUUAAACCAUUUUGAA